AUGACACACGAAACUACUAAAAUCAAUAAGAAGGUGAUCGGUUGUUAUUGGCAAAAAAUUGUUAAUGUUGGCUUUGUUUGUCAUAAAAACAGAAGUCGCGGAGUUCAGCAACACUUGCAGCAGGUACAACAACGAGUCCAGGGCGCUGUCGCUCAAGCAGCUACUCAAGCAGCCGUGUUGAGAUGUGAGAAAAGUAGUGACAAAAAUGAACUUUCUUAA